AGUUGCGCACAAAACAUGGCGUGUAAUAAAGAAAACCGUAAAGUAUUCACUGCGCCAGCACCGAUAACCACAGGCACAGCCAUCCCGUCCCAUUCUGGGGCGCUGUUGAAGAAGAAAAGCACCACAGUUGGUGGACCGACUGUAAACCAUACGCUAAAAUCUAAUGGAACCAAGGUGGUUGGAAAGGUGGCGGAAGGGCAACAGCAAGCGGGCGUGUUUAAAGCCCCACAGUUACCACCACCUGGCACACGGACAGCAGCACCCAGCAGCAGUAGCAAUAGUAAACUGGCCGUUGAAAACCCACCACUUCCUCCAAAGACUGAUGAUGGCAGCCAGCCGGAACCGAUGGAUACAACACCGUCCAGUGAUAAGCCGGACGUGGCACAGCCGAGCGCCGCAAAUGCCGAACCGAGCCAACCGGUGGCAGCACAAAAACCGGUCAAAAAAGUGUGGACACUCAGCAACUUCGAUAUCGGACGACCGUUGGGACGGGGCAAGUUUGGUAAUGUGUAUCUGGCACGCGAAAAGGAAACCAAGUUCGUCAUCGCACUGAAGGUUUUGUUUAAGAAGCAGGUGCACGCCCAAGGCAUUGAGCAUCAGGUUCGGCGGGAAAUCGAAAUCCAGUCCCAUUUGCGCCAUCCGAACAUACUGCGCAUGUACGGUUACUUUCACGACGAGUCGCGAAUCUAUCUCAUCCUGGAGUACGCACCGGGCGGUACGCUGUUCAAGGAGCAACAGCAGCAGCCGGGCAAACGGUUCCCCGAGAAACGGUGCGCCAUCUACGUGUACUCGCUCGUUUCUGCGCUAAUCUAUCUGCACGAGCGCAAUGUUAUCCAUCGUGACAUUAAGCCGGAAAAUUUGCUACUCGGGCAUGGCGGUGAGCUGAAGAUAGCCGAUUUCGGAUGGUCCGUACACGAGCCGACAUCGUCCCGAACGACGCUUUGUGGGACGCUCGAUUAUCUAUCGCCGGAGAUGGUGCAAGGCCAGCCACACACCAAAACCGUAGAUCUGUGGAGUUUGGGCGUGUUGGCGUAUGAGUUGCUGUGUGGAAAGGCCCCAUUUCUGGCCAACACUUACGAGGAAACGUACCGUAAAAUUAUGAAAGUGCAGUACACCGUACCGCCGGACGUGACGAAGGCGGCAGCUCACUUAAUCUCACGAUUGCUCGUUAAGGAUCCGGCCAGCCGUAUGCCGUUGGAGAAUGUAGCCAUUCAUCCGUGGAUUCAGUUGCACGUGGACAAAAAGUAAGCAAAGUGCCAUUUACGUUAGCGA